CCACGGGAUGCUACCAACGGCCUGUAGGGGAACAGUGGGGCAUAUCAAUGAGCCAAUCCUCUAUAAGCCGUUGCCUACAUCGAGUUACUGAUGCCAUAAAUAGCAGACUGUUUUUUGAGGAGGUUAAGUUCCCUAUGACGCAGGUGGACCGCCAAGCUGCCAAGGAAGUGUUUUCUUUAGCACCUGCGCCUUUCGUUGGAGGAACUAUUGGGGCGGUUGACUGUACGCAUGUUUCCAUUUUGGCUCCUAAAAGUCAUGAGGAAGCAUACGUGAACCAUCACGGAUACCACUCGAUUAAUGUGCAAAUGAUAUGUGACCCAAAUUUAAAAAUAUUGAACGUGAAUGCUAAGUUUCCGGGUGCACGGCAUGACUCAUAUAUUUGGAGUUCCUGUCCAGUGCGGCGAGUCAUGCAGAGAGCUUUUGACAAUGGAAGCCGCAACAUGCUUUUGAUUGGCGAUUCUGGAUACCCCUUAGAGCCAUGGCUCAUGACGCCUUUACCGAACCAACCUGAGGGUACUCCUAAAUUUCAGUACAACGAGGCGCUAUGCAAAGCCCGAAAUCCAGUGGAGAGACUAUUUGGUGUACUUAAAGGAACGUGGCGAUGUUUAUCGCAACAAAGGGUGUUAUUAUACGAUCCUGGUUUUGCUGGUAAGGUUGUGAACGCGUGCUCAACCUUGCAUAACAUCCGUUUGGGCGAGCAAAUAAAUGAACUUGACAACAAUAAUAUAAUAAUAGAAACACAUGCACAUGCAGACGGUACCGACGAAAAUUCAAAUUCAGUAUCUUCCGUUGCAAAACGUGUCCAAGACCGAUUAAUUACUAACUUCUUCUCUUAAAUACUUGAUUUAUUUUAUUUUAAAUUUAGAUGUUUAUCUAUGCACUGAUUUUGUCUCCUAACCACUUAAUUUUUUUCUUCUAAAUUUACAUACAGUAUUCGUAAUUUAGUUUUUCAGAAUGUUUUCAAUCAGAAACCAUUUUCUCAAAUUUUUUUUUAAAUAUAGGUUAUUCUAUAACAAAGACGUUAGAAAUAUAUCUUGCAAACUUUGUACAAUAUUCA